AUGACUUUGGAACAGGCAUCUGAUUCGCCAUUUUCCUUGAAUGUAGAUGUAUUUGCUAGAUUCGCCCAUGGAAUGAAAGUAAAAGGUGAAUUAACGCUUCGUUGUCUACCUGUAGAUAAAGAAACUUCAAACGAAAAUGAUGAUAAAGAAGCAUCUUCAUCUGCAAGAAAAAUACUUUCAACUCAACUGCUAGAAGGCCAUUGGUCAGGCAAACUAGAUCUUAAAGUCUGCGGUGUGACAGAAGAAAAACAUCAAAAAAUUAAAUUAGUUGCUGAGGUUACUGAGCGUGGAUCUUUUUUGUCAGCGAAAACUAUUCCUUUGAAACCAGCUUUCACUCGAAAUACACGUAAAAUGCUCAUUUAUUUACGUCGCCGUUUUUUAAUAGAAGGCGAUGCGGAAUUAACCACACAAUGUAUUUCUGAAGAACGCUCAUUAAACGGACUUAACCAUUCUUUAAUUCAACGUUUGGGUACUAUUGCUGAGAUAGAAAUUGACAUUAGAUGCAUAGCUUAUAUUAUUAAGGCCCGGCGUAAACUAAUUAAUGGAGGCUUUAGCACUUCUGAAACUUUAGUACUUCCUUUACUUGAUGGAUUUGAUAAAUUUGAUCUUUCAUUAAUUGAGAUAGAUCAAAACAAAGUGGAAUAUGUUGAAGGAGAAUUUAUUGAAGCAAUAGUUCAUAAUGUUGCUGGGCGAAACUUCAACUAUGCGGUAAAGGUUGAUGUAAAUUUGUUGAAAAGAUCAAUUUAG